UUGUCGAGAGUCAGUUAUCAUAUAAAAUGAUCGAAUUGUUCCUUUGGGUUAUAAUGGCUGAUCGAGUUGAUCUCAUAUUUAAGAAUUUCCUUCGAGUUGUCCAAGCAUACCAGUGUGGGUUCAAUUCUCGUUGCCGAGAAUCGAGAAUUGAUUGAAAGUGUACUUUUCGUGAUCUGUCAGUGACUACCUAAUUGUGCCUUUUUAUAGUCUCAAUUAUAAGUGACAAGAGCGGGUUGUUGGUUCAUUCUCGUUAUCACAACUAAAGGAACCCGUAUUGCGCCUUCCUCAAAAGUCAAAAAUUGAUACCAGUCGCGAACAUUGGAUUCAACGCUCUUACACUUGUCUCAGAUCAAUUCUGGCCUCCCAAGAAUCUUAUAAGUUGAAUCAGUCUUGUUCUUACCCACGCAGUACUGCAUCAAAUGCAAAGAUAAGCAAAGAAUCAGUGGUGACAGGAACAAUGACAUCUAUCACGUUAUCCGAAGUGGAGCAGGCGGACAUCUUAAGACAAGAAGGAAACGAUUUGUACAAAUCGAGCAAACUCCUACGAUCUAUAACCAACUAUCAAGAAUCCACCAAUCUUGUACCGGACAAUUGCAAACCUCUUGGUAAUUUAUCGACGGCGUAUUUCGAAGUUGGGAAUUAUACCCAAUGUAUCGUUAAGGCGAGAAGAGCUCUUCAAAUCUUGGGGGAAAGCAAGGACAAUAAGAAUACGGAUUUGGUAGAGAAAUUCCAACAACGGAUAAAAAGGGCAGAAAUACAUUCUGCUACUGCCAAGGAAUACUGCCGUGUCGGCAAUGAUAAGCCUGCUUCGUUGUUUCAUCAUACCAUUGACAAGAAUGAGCCUGUGUCUAGUGAUGUCUCCUUUCUAUUCGGUGGGAUUGGCGAUGCACGCAAUUUACUUCAAACAAUCAUUGGCAUUUCUGAGCUUGAAAAGAAGCACCACAUGAAGAAAAAGCAAUAUCAUCUCACCAUGGUCGAUGUCAGCAACAAUACUAUUACAAGAGACUUGAUCAUUUCUAUGUUGCUGGAAGAAUAUUCUAACCUCGAGCCAAGCUCCGAGAAAGCUGAAGGAAUUCUAUCUACUUUGUUUUAUGUCUUUAUUGCCAUCAUUAUUCCCUGCAUCACUUUCAAUCACUUAUAUCGCACCAUCGAUCGAGCCCUCUCUUUGCUACAGUUAAGCACACAGCCUUUGAGUUGGAUGCAUCUUCGUGAGGAGGACUUUUGCUUAUACAAUCCAAACUUUGGAAGACUGGAAGGGCAGAGCUUUAACUUGCAUCACCACUGCCAACGCACGUUACGUGGCGAUGAAAAUGUGCCCACUGCUUUCAAGAAAGAAAAUAAACUCUACAGGGCUACAGCGGUUCUCAUUCCUCCCACAAGACUUCUUCGAAACCACAACCCUGCAAUCCUAGCAUUACUCCAAAAUCGAGGCAGUGAUCCAGGAAAAAGCGAUGCAGCAUUAAAAAAGCAUCCGCAACCCUCGCCUUCGGAAGUAAAGACUCCUGCCUCUUUAUAUGAUUACAUUGCUCCAUUCUUUCAAGAUGCAGCUCGCUCCACCAAAUUCCUCAGUGGUCGUCUUCAGGCUGAAGCUCUGUGUGAUGAUUAUGUGGAUUUUGCGGAGAAAUUAAGAUUCGGAUUGUACCGCGAUGAGAAUAGUCUACAGUCAUCAGACGCCACAGCAUCGAAACUAAUUCAUCGAAAAGACUUCCCAGUCUUGUAUGACCGGAUUCACUUGACCCAGCAACUUACCUCUGUGACGGUGUUGUCGCGUGGUGAGGAACCAUGGCCAAUGGCCAACUAUAUAGAUUAUGGAUCAUCAAAGCCUUUCUUGCGGCAAUUUGGAGGUUUACUUUCCCGGAAGCCCUUUAUGAAGUGGUUCUAUGCUUUGUUCUUCCGCCUUGCUAUACCAUACAAUUCAGACUUAAACAUGUCGGCUACAGUAAUAUUCUCGCCUCUGACUCUUACCAUCAUAUUCUGGCUCAUAGCCCAUCUACGUAGCAUCGGCUAUCCCUCUCAUUAG